AUGUCGCUAGGCUCGGGGAUUGAUAGUAGAGGUGCCUUGCUCAUAUAUUCUUUGAGCUGGGUGAAAGCGUUGUCGCAUUUGGCUAUCCAAGUGAUGCUUCGUUUUUGGCCUUUGAGUGCCUUGAAGAAGGGGGUGCAACGAUUAGUAGCUUUGGAAAUAAACCUGGUAAGGGCCAUGACACGUCCGAUAAGGCUCUAG